UCGGUUCCCAAAGAGUAACAAUCACAGCUCAAUCAAAUGGCCUAAUCUCUCUCUCUCUCUCUCUCUAUAUAUAUAUAUAUGUAUAUCCAUCGAAGAAAGGUUCCAUUCAUUUGUGUUAUCGCCCACAAGCACAAUCCUCUUCUUUUCGGCUGAUUUCCUUUGAUUUUCAAAUUUUCAUCGUAAUUUAAGGUAUAGGUUGAGGGAAAUUUUUUUGUCUGGAUGGUGGAAAGUCUCGGAGAUUCGUCUAAUUUUGCUGCGAAAUCUCUGUAGUUGUUGUCAAUAAACAUCAUCAUUUCAUUUCCGGUAAAGGAUAUCACAUACUUUUUCCCCUCCGAGAGAGAGAGAGAGAGAGAGAAUGUACAAGUUAUUUUUCUUUCCAUCCUUUUUGAGAUUCCUGUGACACCCACAAGGGGGGAGAGAGAGAGAGAGAACUCUCUCAUUGUUUCGAGUAUCUCUUAUCUACUAAAUUACGGAGAGAAUUCGACCCGGGUCGGAUUUUUUGUCUGCGGGUUCGGAUCGGGUCCAGUUGGUGGUUGCGGCGGAGGCGGAGGCGGAGGCGGUGGCGGGUCGUGUUCAAUCAGUCAGACAAAUCUGCCUACCUUCGAGUUCAAGCUAAAUCCCUAAUUCUACGCUGUCCACUGGUUUUGUCCUUUUCGAUUUCUGUGGCUCGAGGUUUCGCUACUCCAGGGAUUGUAUUGUCAAGGGUUCUGCAUAUGAAUGAUAGUCGAAAUCUGCAUAAACACAAAAUAAAAGAGGAGUGUCAGCUGAUUCUUGAGGGUGUUUUGGCAUGACUGGUUUUGAUGAUAACGUUGCUGUGGUGUCCGAAUUGGUGCCCUUUAGUCCGAGCCCAAGGACCCUUUUCUCUGCAGUGUUGGGUGAGGAGACGAGUUCCAAGCCGGUGCUGGAGAGAUUUCUUCCUUUGAAUCAAGGACAGAUAGGCUUGGAAGAUGUCGGGAAGAAGGGUUCUUCACAAACCAGUCUUCAAUUGUCUGAAGAAAAACCGACUUCACGAGGGUGUCUCGGUGAAAGAAUUGCUGCCAGAGCUGGGUUUAACGCUCUGAAGGUGAAGACUGAGAAUGUUCGGUCUCAUUGCUUAACAAUCACUUCUCCUGGCCUUAGCCCUGCAACUCUGUUAGAGUCUCCGGUUUUCCUUUUGAACCCCUCGGCCCAGCCUUCUCCAACAACUGGAAAAUUUUCGUCGUCCGGUCCUUCUGAUGCAACGGACGACGAGUUCUUUGAUGAUAUCGGUGGAUCAUUCACCUUUCAGCACGUUUCAAGAUCUUCUUCCUCUUUCAUCCCGGGCACUACCGCCAAAGUCUCUCCUUUCUCCCAGUACUUCUUUCCUGGUACAGAGAUGUCCUUUGAUUAUGGUUGUAAUAGGUCUUGGAACAUAGAAACUGCCAAUCUUCAUGCCGACUUUCCUGGAACAUCAUCUGACGGACACAACAGUGGGAAUGACACUGACCCGGACGAGCAAACGAUCCCUGAAGCAACAAACAUCGGCAGCAGACCUGAUGGUAUUCAAGACGAAGAGCAAAGGCGGGAUGGAGGAGACUCGGUGGCAGGUGGUGCGCCGGCAGAGGAUGGGUACAACUGGAGAAAGUACGGACAGAAGCUAGUUAAAGGAAGUGAGUAUCCACGGAGUUAUUACAAGUGUACAAGCCUGAACUGUCUGGUCAGGAAGAAAGUUGAACGGUCCCGCGAAGGUCAAAUAACCGAGAUUAUUUACAAAGGAGCUCAUAAUCACCCGAAACCUUCUUCUCCUAGCCGUCGCUCAGCCAUUAGAACCGAUCAAGAUGAACAGUGGAGCUGUAUAGGCAGAGAUUCUUCCUGGGCAGGUACCCUACAAGCUGGAGCAGAUGAGUGUGCUGAGGACCAGUCCGGACCAAUGCAGGUUCAAGGUGGAACUCACCAUGAAUCAGUUGAUGCCUCGUCUACUUUCUCUAACGCCGAAGAUGGGGAAGAAGGUGAAGAAGAUGAAACCGAGUCGAAAAGAAGGAAAUUUGAAGCUUACGCAAUCGAGGCGAGCGGAGCAACAGCAACACGAGGUGUCCGUGAGCCGAGAGUUGUGGUUCAGACAACGAGCGAUGUGGACAUCCUUGACGAUGGAUAUCGGUGGCGGAAAUACGGUCAGAAGGUCGUCAAGGGAAACCCUAAUCCCAGGAGUUACUAUAAAUGCACAGCUCCUGGAUGUACAGUGAGGAAACAUGUGGAGAGAGCUUCUCAUGAUCUCGAGUCAGUCAUAACCACAUACGAAGGCAAACACAACCAUGACGUACCCGUGGCUCGAACCAGUGGCUCAGCAGCUCUUCAUACCCACAUGCACCGGCCCGAGCCGCUCAACAGGUUCGAGAGGCUAGUGACCGGAAGUGCUCCAUUUGGCCGUCCUUUCAGCUUCCGGCCACAACUUGGAGGAUUCUCGUUUGGGUUAGGCCAAACCGGGCACCCCAAUCUUGCAAUACCCGGUUUAGCAAUCCGGCAAGGGAACUUACCCAGUUUUCCGGUUCGGCCGUUCUUGCUGCCGCGGACGGUUGGUGAUAGUGGGCUGAUGUUGUCGGAGCCGAAAGUGGAACCAAUGUCGGAGACAGGGCUUCGCUUGUCGGGAAGUUCAUCAGUGUACGGGCAAAUCAUGAAUAGGUUGUCUGAUAUGUGAUGAAAGCUUUGUUCAUUGUGUUUUGGUGUUUAAACAUCUUUUUUCCCCCUUCCAAUUCUUGCUAUUAAUUUAUGGUUCUUUAUAGGCAUU